AUGGCACCCUCUUCAUUAGAGGCUGACGCUCAAUCUCCUGUUGCUGAAGUUUCUGUUGACAACAUCAAGGACGAGUUUGAGGAUGGGAUUGUGGAUGUAGAUGUCAAGGAGGAACCUUUCUCCUAUGAUGAUGAGGCACUGGAGCCCCUGAGCCCCAGGGGCCUGCUGGUUCCUCCCCUGCCAUGUGUGCCAUGCAAGAGGGAAGCUCCCAUGGAGGCUCCUGAUGGCCACGACGUGCCUCUGUGUUAUUUGCUCAUCACUGAUGGAGCUGAGGGACAGGUGGGUGGUAUUGCCAUGGCUCCUGAUGGCCACGACGUCCCUCUGUGUUAUUUGCUCAUCACUGAUGGAGCUGAGGGACAGGUGGGUGGUGUUGCCAUGGCUCCUGAUGGCCACGACGUCCCUCUGUGUUAUUUGCUCAUCACUGAUGGAGCUGAGGGACAGGUGGGUGGUAUUGCCAUGGCUUCUGAUGGCCACGACGUCCCUCUGUGUUAUUUGCUCAUCACUGAUGGAGCUGAGGGACAGAGCAGCGGCAAGUCGUCUACUGCUGGGGGAGCUGCAGCAGCUGCUGGUGGCAGCGGCAAGUCGUCCACUGCUGGGGGAGCUGCAGCAGCUGCUGGUGGCAGCGGUGAUGUCUUCAAGUCAUCCAGCCCCAGGCUGCUCCCCACGAGGCUUCAUCAAUUCCCUGGCGGGGAGACCACGUUCUGGGCGCCUUACCCUGGACCCUGAGUCCCCACCAGCGUCAGCCCUCCUGCAGCAGACCAGACCUGAAGUGUCUGCGUCGCCUGCCAAGUGUCUGCGUCGCCUGCCAAGUGUCUGCGUCGCCUGCCAAGUGCCUGCGUCGCCUGCCAAGUGUCUGCGUCGCCUGUCAAGUGUCUGCGUCGCCUGCCAAGUGUCUGCGUCGCCUGCCAAGUGUCUGCGUCGCCUGCCAAGUGUCUGCGUCGCCUACCAAGUGUCUGCGUCGCCUGCCAAGUGUCUGCGUCACUUCAUAAUCAUAUGCAACCUUCAUAUAAUUAUUAAAGGGUUUCGUGACA